AUGACUAAACGUUCUCCAACAUUUCAAUCUGAAAUAUUGAAAGCUUUUAAUGCCUUACGGCCAGAUCCAAUCAAUAAACUUGAGCUAAAUGAUCAACACAUGAGAAAAUAUGAGGAUAAAUUAUCUCCUUUAUUACAUGAUUAUCAUCAACCAAAAGAUAUAAAUGAUAAAAAGAGAGUUUUAGCUCCAAUAGCAUUCAAAAAUACAUUUAGUUUUCCCGUCGAGUCAGUACUUAAUUUGAAUGUCAAACCUGGAGAGCCCUACUUUGUAUUUUGGUUUAUAAUUAGUUCAUAUUUUCCAUUAACAGCUGCUUGUUUAGGUCCUUUAUCUAAUAUGGUUUCAAUAAUUGCUUUAAUCCAACAUUGGAGACAAGAUAAAGAAACUGGUCAUUUAUAUUCAGAUACUCAUAAAGUUGUUGUUAUGAAUGCAUUAUCAUUGGCUUUAGGUAUAAUUGGUAAUAUUUCUUUAUUGAUGAAUUUUUCAAGAUCGGUCAAAUAUUUAAUUAGUCAAUGUAUUUCAAUUUUUGCUUGGUUUUGUGCUAGUUGUUUAUUAACUGCUGCUGUUUUAGUCGCAAAUUAUCAAACAAUGACUCCGGGUCUAGAAAAAUCUGAAGGUUUUUAUUUUGCUUGUUUUACCGCUGCUUUUUAUUUUUCAUGUACGGUAAUUUUAUUAAUAAACUUUUUGGGUUACAAACUAAAGAAGUAUCCAGCUACUUUCAAUCUAGAUCAAAAACAAAGAACGUUAAUGGUGUUUACUAUCUUUUUCACAAUCUGGACGGUAUGUGGAUCAGUUGCAAUGGAACAUUUGAUUAGUGAUUUGACUUAUGGAUCUUCUAUGUAUUAUUGUAUCGUUUCAUUUUUAACUAUAGGGUUAGGAGAUGUCACUCCUCAUAGAUCAAGUGCGAAAGUAGUCGUUUUAAUCUUUUCACUUGGUGGUGUUUUAAUCAUGGGUUUAAUUGUUGCCAGUUUAAGAUCAGUCAUUUUAUCAAGUGCAGCUCCAGCUAUAUUUUGGAAUGAUUUAGAAAAGGCAAGAAUAGCAUUAAUUGAUAAACUAGAACGUGAAUCCAUCCAUCUAACUCCUGAAGAAGCAUUUCAUAAGAUGAGAGUACUACGAAGAAAAGUUAAAAGAAAACAUGGAAAUUUCUCAAUAGCAAUUACCUUAACUAUAUUUAUGUUAUUUUGGCUUAUUGGUGGUUUUAUAUUUCAUAAGAUUGAGAAGUGGACUUAUUUUCAACUGAUUUAUUUUUGUUUUUUAUGUUUGUUGACAAUUGGAUAUGGGGACUACGCACCAAAGACAAACUUAGGACGUACAUUCUUUAUAUCGUGGUCAAUUGGUGCAGUUCCGCUUAUGACAAUUCUUAUCAGCUCGGUUGGUGACCAGUUGUAUGAUUUUUUUCAAAGUUUGUCUGUUUGGUUUCUGGGUUGGUUUUUUGCAACCGAUUUAGAAUAUGAAAUGAGAAAAUCAAAGAAAAAACAAAGAAGAGAAGAUCAAGAUGAUAUAAUGACAUUAAACUCUAGAGCUGUAUUAGAGGAAGAAGUCCAAGAAGAUGAAGAAAUGAGUUCGUUAGAUGAAGAAGAUGAUAUUAUGAAGAAUGAAGUGGAAAAUGAAAUAGAAGAGGAGGAAGAGGAAAUUGAUGAAGGAGAGGAAGCAGAGGAAGCAGAGGAAGCAACAGAACGCAAUUCAUUUAAUUUAGACCAUUCCAAACUAGUAGACAAGAUUAAAACUUCAAAAGAAGCUCAUGAAAAUGUAUUAAAGUUUUUGGAACAUUUAAAAUCAUUGAUUCGAGACUCAGUACAAAAUCCACAAAAGAAGUAUACCCACAAACAAUGGCAGGAAAUACUUAGGCUGUUAGACUCCAAAGAGAUUGAUAAAGGGGCAGCUCAGUAUGGUACAUACGAUGGAUUUUGGUUAGGGCCAAAUUCUCCAUUAAGAUUGCCCUUAAAAGAACCAAAUUAUAUGAUUUUAAGAGUUUAUUUUAGGAUAGAAGAGAUCCUACAAAAUAUAAUGGAUGACGAGAUUGAGGACAUGAAGUUGUUCUCCAAAAUGGAACAUGGAAAUUGA